GGACGAGAGCGGCUGAGGGCAGGGCGGUGGCGGCGGCGGGACACGCCUCCUCGGAGCCGCUUGCAGAGCAUCGUUCUCUGCUUUUAACACCCAUUCCUCUUGCCAGUGUGCAUUCCCCCUGACAAGGUUCAUUUUGAGGAUGGACAAACAAGCAACUGCUAAAUUAUCUACUGCUUUUACUUCGGGCGCUGUCAGAGGACACAGGAAGAGGGACAGAGCGUUACAAACUGCAAAACUGAAUGCUUCUUUGGCAUCUAAAAUCAAAUCUAAAUUAAUAAAUAAUUCAUCAAUGUUGAAAGUAUCUUUAAAACAAAAUAAUAAAGCAUUAGCUCUGGCUUUGAGCGUGGAGAAAGAAAGUUCCCGGAAGCUGAAGAAUGAGAAGAUUUUUCUUCGGAAAGAAGUAGAAAAGCUGCAGCUUCAUAAUAUCCUGCUUCGUCGAAAACUAAGCUGUUUGAAUAAAACUCUUAGAGAAAUAGGAGCAUUUUUGAGUGAUAACCUCUUAAAUGCAAUAGAAAUAAGCAGUCUUUCUGAGAAUCUUCAGAGUUCUUUUCCUCUGUCAGACAGUCCAAGUAGCUGUACUGAUGACCAGGUGAAGAGUACAUGUCAGUCAGCAAGCUUUGUAGAAUUGCCAGUGAAGCUUGCUUUACUUGCAACAUCUGCUGGAAAACAGCAAGAAAAUUGGUUUUGCACAGAACUAAGCAGUAACAGUGCAUUCCUAACUCAUGUCAGUAAUGUACAACCUCUAAGACAGUCUGAGGAGUUUACAAGACAAGAUGAUAGUUCAUUACCAUUCUGUGGAAAUGUGACUGAAAGAAAGAAAUGUGCAACACGUUAUGGGUCAAAACCACAACUUACUAUAAAGGAUUCUGCUAAAAAAUGUAGCUCAAGUCUUCCUCCUCAUGGUAGCAGCAGCAGCAGCAAUGAGGUGAAUGUGAAGGAAAGUCCAAGUGACUUGCUUUGCAUUAUUCCUUCACAACUUGAUUUUAGGAGUGAAUGUAAGGAGAUUCCUAUUGAUGGGAUAAAAUCUGAAGAAACUGUUUAUGAUGCUGAUAUGGAGUUGACUGCCAGCGAUGCAGGUGAACUGCUCACAGUUGCAUCAAAAGACAAAUUACAUAAAAAUAAUAAUGCCAAUUCUGGUAAAGUACUGGCAAAUUUCAGAAAAGUAAAAUAUUCUAAAAGUGAGAAAGAGAAAAUUAAAAACAAGACUGAAGUCAAUUCAAAUUUUUAUGCAGAAGAAAACCAUGCUAGGACUAACAAUAAAAUUUCAAAAAUGACUGACCCACAAACUCAGCUAUUCCAAAGUCAGACAGAACAGCUACCUACACAGAAUUCUACAGUGAAACAGAGUUUACCAAAUACUAUUGACUGUAAUCAAAACCAAAAUUGUCUAAGUAAGGAUAAAGAUACUAGAAGAACAUGCCUAGUUAGCCUAGUGCAUCAAAAACAAGAACAAGAAGCAAAUACAGAAAAUUCCUCAGAAACGUUGGAAGAUGUGGAAAACAAAAUAAUAAAAGCAUACUCAAGCUUAUCUAGUAAUGAGAUCCCAUCUCAAGUUUGCUGUGCUGAAAGCUUGGUGUUCCAAGAUUACAGCUCUACUGUACCAGCUUUACAGCAGGACUUUCUACAUGAAAACAAGAACAGUGUCAGACUGCUAAGAAAUGGGAAAACCUUUCAAAACCCUUCAAAAAUGAACACAGCUAAAUACUGUGAAGUUGAUAAAGGGAAGUAUGAAGAAUAUGGUUCAAAAAAGUCUCAGACAGACAGGUGCAAAUGUGACAACAAGAGAAAACAAUACCAGAAAAAUAUUAUAAAGAGUAAAUGCAACAAAGAAGGUGGUUACAGACAAAGAGAAACUGAAAAUGACAGUGUUAAUAAAAUUAUUCAAAAAGUAGAUCAAAAGAGUGGUAAUUUUUCACCAUGCAGAUUAAAACGUAUUUUGGCAAAGGCUGAGCAUAAAGCAUAUGUAGUACCAACUAAAGAUCUUACUACGUUCUCGCUUUGCAAAAAUGAAGAAUUAGAAAAUAAGAAUGCAUUGUGCACACAGGCUGUUCAUGGAAAUAAAAUAAUUGAAACCCAGCAAUCUCAAGGAGCUUUAGUUGCUCAGAAUGAUAUGGCUAUAAAUAUACCGCAAGCUAAAGCCUCCACACGAGAUGUUGGCAGCAGUGCUGAUACAUUAAAGAGCAUAGAUUCCUCGCCAGCAGCACGUGAAGAAUCUAACAUUAGUAAUUCUUGUGACAAUCAAGUGAAAGAAAAAGGGAGCCUUAGUUCUGGUAUUAUGGAGAGCAGAGAAAAAAAGAAUUAUUUCAGGCAUAUUGAUCAAGGACAGCUGAAUUUUUUGAAUGACCAGGAAGUCUCUCAUGAGAUGGAUUCCUUUAUGAACAAGUUAAAACCCAAAGUGCAAAAAUUAGAAAUUUUAGAAUCCUUACCUGUUGAUUGUUCUAAGAAUAUAACAGUAAGUACAGGUAGCUUUUCCCAGAAAGGUUUUUCUGAAAUGAAGCCCACAGCUCUUGAUAACCUUAAUGCUUCCAUGAACUCUAUACUGAAAAAUUCAGAAAUUUCAGGGAAAACUGAUCGAGAUAAAGCACCGGUUUCUGGAAAAGCAAAGCAAAAAUCAGAUCAUAUUUCUAAAGAGAUUUCUGAAAAGACUUUGACACAUUGUCAUGGGAGAACAGCUUUGCAAGAUGUGACAAAUACUAGUGAGUUUUCUCACAAUUCCUUACCUAAAUCCUCCCAGAUUUUAGAAGAAAACUCAGCAGAACCGGUUAGACGAGGAAGAGCUGCUGUUUGCUACAAAGAACCCCCACUAAACCGAAAAUUAAGACGUGGGGAUCAGUUUACAGAUACACAAUUUCUGCAUUCCCCAGUCUAUAAAGUAAAAAAGAAAAGAAGCUUUAAAAGUAAAUCAAAAUUUAUUUGAAGAAGACAAGAGAAUUGCCUUUAUGAACAGCACUUCUGAAAUGGUACUUUUUUUUUUUCCAAAAAGUAUAGUUUGGUAGUAUAGGAUGCUUACUGUUCUUUAAUAGAUAAACGUAAAACAAAGAAUUCAAAAUGGAAUCUCUCGGAAAAGACCCACAACAUAAAGGACAUAGAACUCUUCACCAGUGAAGGCAAAUUCAGGUUAGGAUCCAGUCUUGUGUUCUGAAUUUUUGCUCAGUAAUUUUUAAUCUGUUCAAAGUAUUUGCAGCACUUAUUAAUUUGUAAGAAAAGUGUAAGUUUUAAUGAGAAUUAAAAAAAAUCACAUUUGGGAAUUACUGUGAUUUCUUUGUAUAUACUAUGAGCAGAGUAAUUUAUCAAUACUAGCUGGAACAGAUAUAAGCAUCCCAAAUAUAGGUGGAGAGAGCCUUGGUUUUUGUUGUUGUUGUUUGAUUGUUUUUGUUUUUUGUUUUGUUUUGUACUACAACCAUACCAUAUCACUCAGCUAUCAGUUUUUAGACCAUUUCACCUCUGGACCCUAAUUAGUCCCUUCUGCAUUCUGUUAUGCCUUGUCAUGAGACAAACAACUUUUGGGUGAUAUCUAAGUUAUAAGUGCCAGCUGCAGGAUGUAGCUCAGAACCCCCAUAACUUCUGUGGAUUAUUUUGGUUAAGGUUCAGAUUCACUUUGGAACCAAGAUCAUUAUAUCUCAUUUUUAAUGAGACACAAAUAAGUUACUUGGUUACAGAAAGUGAUUCUUCUCAUGGUAUUAAUCAGACAAAUUAAUGGAAGAAAAAUCCACGAGGAAUUACUGGAAAUGCUGUUUAAUACUUUAUUUAAGGUUAUUCACUCUUGAAACCCUUCACAGACUGAGCAGUUCUAGACCUUUGAUCUGAUCGGUAACCUUUUAUAUGUAAUUGGUACUCUUGUAUUUGUAAAGUUUUAAAAACAAACAAACAAAAAUCAGUACUCUUUGUACUUCAUUGUAGCUUUUGUAGCCUUGUAACCUGGGUAAGUAAGAAAAUCCUGGUUUCUGUUUGUUUGAAAGACAAAGUGUUUGAGAAUAGUCAGCAUGGAUUUAUGAAGGGGAAGAUCAUACCUGACUGAGCUGAUAACCUUCUGCAAUAAGACCAUUAGCUUGGUGAGUGAG